AUGCGAUCAAGGCCGGGUGAACGCUUUGGGGGACAUGUUUUUGUUUAGGAAUGGGUAAGCGAGUGGUCUCAUCCUGCGCUCAUGCGGAGGUGGGGUGUGCCCUCAGGGCGUCAUAGUAUUUCAGCAGAGGACAGAGCAGCAUUUUGGAGACAGUCCGUUAUUUAGACAGUCACACAGUGGUCCACAGUUGAGCAGGUUGAGACAAACGGGUAGACUAUAAGUUUCAACGAUAUAUUAUUCUUUAUAUUCCGCUAUUCUCAUGUGGGUCUAAGUCGUAGACGUCUGUCUAUUUCCAAAGUUUGAACCCGUGACUGGUGGAUAUUUUUACGAACAUAUUUCGCAAAGUGGAAAAAUGCCUCGGUCUUUCUUGGUCAAAAAGUAUUUCGCCAAUAAAAAACCCAACUAUAGUGAACUGGAGUGUCAAAAUGCCACCUCACUGGAGAGGUACCCACUAGCUAAGCUUCCAGCAGGGGACAAUAACUUAGCUGCCACCUGUUACACAACAGGACUGGUAUGGGACGUGAGCUUCCUUCCAGCCCUCUACGUCCCCACAUCCCCCACUGAUGCCUCUCCCACCCCCGGUCCCCUGGACCUCAGCUCCCCAUCCAGCCUCAGCAGCAGUGCCAGUAGCAGUGGGGAGGAGGACGAGGGGCGCACCUCUGACCCACCCAGCCCCGAGCCCACAGACACCUACCACCCCCCCCAGCGCCCCAAACGCACAGGCAUCAAGAGCCAUGGGGCCCUGACCGAGGACGAGAGAGUGGCCCCAGUCACUGCAGCAAGGCCAGCCUUCUUCUGCAAGCACUGCCCUAAAGAGUACACCAGCCUGGGGGCGCUGAAGAUGCAUAUCCGCUCGCACACACUACCCUGUGUAUGCCCCACCUGCGGGAAAGCCUUCUCCAGGCCCUGGCUGCUGCGCGGCCACAUUCGCACACACACAGGUGAGCGGCCGUUCUCCUGCCAACACUGUAACCGUGCCUUCGCCGACCGCUCCAACCUGCGGGCGCACCUGCAGACCCACGCUGAGGUGAAGAAGUACCAGUGUGGCGUGUGUUCCCGUACCUUCAGCCGCAUGUCCCUCCUCCAGAAACACAGCGCAGUCAGCUGCUCCACCUCUUCCACAGCAUGAGCAGGAAGGGGCCAUGGAGUUUUCCCAACAGAGACCUCAGGGCGGUAGGGGAGUCUACAGACUCAUAUCACCAGCAAGACCAGAGGAGCCUGAACCAAUCUGCCAACAGAGACCAUUAACUCACCGUUAACUGGUAGGAGAGGAAGUUGACCCUGACUCGUAUCUCUUUGGAUGGAACUUCCACAGCCAUCUCAGUUUCAAUCUCAUUUAAAGAAGAAGAACAUUUUUCAAACUCCUCCCAUUUCAAGUCUGGUAGAUGUUUUGGACUGUAAGUAACUCUGUACUCCUGCCAUUCUCCCAGUCCCAACUUAGUUAUUUCCGCAUAUACAGUAGUGGAUUCAUGAGGGUUAGUGGUGCCAUUGUUUUUGUCUAUCCCGGCCUUUGUCCUGGCCAGACAAGUUCAGGAUCAUCGUGGCCUAGACACAGCUGCUGAGAGAGGUAGGGGUGCGUGUGUGAGAUACAUCUCUCAGCAUGACACACACACACACACACACACACACACACACACACACACACACACACACACACACACACACACACACACACACACACACACACACACACACAGCUGUCCCUGGUAGAGUGGUGUAGAUAGACAAGGUGCUAACAGGUGCUCUGGCCCUGACCUUCACUGGGCUGAUAACAGGUGACUUCCACCUCCCCCAGAAAGAGGAAGUAUGUCAUCAUCACAAAGAGGAUGGGGUCCGUUGGUCCCUUUGUGUGCAUGUCUCUAGUGGGUGCGUCUUAAGCUUUUACUUUGACUACAUCAAGCCCAGAUGUAAUCUGAUGUGUUUCAAAGACAGGAUAAAGCCAUUUGUUUCUGUUGUUAUUCCUUAUGGAAGCUCUCAGCUUUCAAUGUCGUUUUAAUUCCUGAAUGAUAAUCUAAGCCGUGCACUCCAGGUUACCACAGUGUUAAUUAUUGCCAUUGUUCUCUACAAUGAUGGAGAGAACAGUCUUUCCCAUGCCAUUUUUGUAAGAUAUAAACUUGUUUUGUGAAAUGUAUUCUUUCUAAACCAAAGAUGUGUCUUCUUGCCUCAGCUGGUAGUUUUACCAUUAUGCAUCAAACAGUCAGAACUGUGGGGAAGGAGGUGACCAAAUGCCUUGUCUAAAAUGUUUACGUCAUAGAGGCACGGUUUCACAGCCCUGGCUGUAAAGAGGUGAAUUUUACAUUUCCUAAACCUUAUGGUUUGCAGUGCGGUGUCCAGAUUGUAUGUAGUCUUAUUUUUUACUGUGUUUGUGUUUUUCACUUCUAUUUCAAUUAUUUCAUAGCUGAUGGAUUUGCAUUCAAUAAAAUAAUUUAUGUUUCUAAAAA